UUUCCUAUGUAAACAAACACAAAGACCUGUUUGGGGAUGGCUAGACCUGCAGUAAUCAGUUUUCUCGUUCAAAGGUCAUGUAUAUCUCUAGCAUCCCGCCCAGCCCUUCCAGUUUGCUCAUAUAUUUCAAAAAGGAAUUAUGCUAAACCUUUGGGUGCCCCAAAGAAAGGUAAAGGAAAGCUUGGACCAACCCUUGAAAAAGUGAAACUACCAGUUGAGACAGACCCCCAGAAACUUGUCAGUUAUGUAUGUGGCUCCAAUCCCAUAAAAGAGAACCCAGAAGACAUCAAGUUAAAAGAUGAUUCCGAAUAUCCAGAAUGGCUUUGGUCAUUAAGAAUAGGGAAAGCACCAACACUAGAGGAAAUGGAUCCAGAGACAAAACAGUACUGGCGGCGUUUAAGAACCCAAGUUAUGGCAAAAAAUAAUAUUUUGAAGAAGGCAAGGAGACGAUAAGUACUGCUUAAAAUGUAUAGAUUUUUAAUAAUAUUGGGAGAGAAGUUAUGUAGAUGCAAAUGUAAUAGCUUGAAUAAAAUGAAACAACA